ACGUAUUAAUUAGGCAGAUGUCGCUCCAUGCUCUGAGUUAUCUUUCGUUCAGAGAGUUUGAAAAGUUGUGGGGAGAAGGAUUGGAAUGUAGUGAGUUUUGAGAAAGGCAUAAGGAAGAAACAUCAAAUCGGAAUGAGUUCAGGCUUUAUCUCAGAAGCAGAACUCGCGGAGCGACGAAGGAUUCGACAAGAACAGUGGGAUAAAGUUCGGAAGCCUGGACAACCAGAAGAGUGUCCUGAGGAGGAAUAUGAUCCUCGAUCACUGUUUGAACGUCUUCAGGAACAGAAGCAGAAACGAGAACUGGAAUAUGAGGAAGCACAUAGAUUGAAGAACAUGAUAAAAGGCCUAGACGAUGAUGAAAUAGAAUUCUUGGACCUUGUCGAUCGAACAAAGCUUGAGGCAGAAAGACUGAAGUCACAGGAGGAAGCAAGAGAGAUACGUGACUUCCGUGAUGCAGUUGCUCGUCAGCAGGAACGCAGCAUUGAGGACAGAAUCAACUCCGAGAUCCGUUCACGACCACCUUCCACUGCAUCUAGUCAGAGUUCUGCCAGCAGUCGCAGUUCUCAGGCACGUUUGCUAACUGGAGCAGUCAGGAAGCGCCGAGCACCAUCCCCUUCAUCAUCCACCACUACAGCUGUUGUGGAUGGAGGCAACUCUCAGCCAAAAAAGAGACCUUUAGAAAACAGCAAUGAAGAGAGUAAAACAGAAGAUGACAGUGGCAGCUCUUCAGAUCAUGCUGAACUCAACAGCCGUGAGACUGAACAAAAUACCUCUCCUGCUUCACAGAAUUCUGUCAAGAACAUCAGUAGUCUCCACUGUAUUGGUAUCUUACCAGGUUUAGGUGUUUACCCUGACUCAAGUGACAGCGAGCAGAGUUCAGACACAGAUGCGGAGCUGACUCUAUCAUCAGGCUAUGACCUACUAGGUCGGAAGCUGGCUACAGGUGCUGGAGGUGCAGCUGCACGCAAGGCUGCACAGCAACAGGCCAAAGCUGCUGAUGCAUCGGGAAGGUGAGCGCUCAGCGCUCGUCAUCACAACAUUCUGCGAAAGGAUUGCCUACACAUUCCACCUAUGCGUUUCUGCUAUGUUAGAGUUGUUGGCUGGUGCAUUUGGGAACUGACCUUUUAUAUGGAAUUCUGUGUGAAGCUUGUUUUCCAGCCACUCUUUCAUAGUCACAGGAGACAUUUCUUAAUUGAAUGACAUAUCUUGCAAUAGUGCAAAAAAGAGUUUUAGUAAAAAUAUCCAUAACUGUGCUUUCAGGUCGUUCAACUGUGAUUUUUAAAGGGACAGAUAUUUCCCCCCCUUGAAAUUUCACAUAUGUUGAACAAUGUGUAAUUUGUUGAAGUAUUCUAGAUGUGGGGGCUUUAGGAAUUUAUAUCCACAUAUUUUUAGAAUUUGCAUUGAAAAUUCAUUUUGGCUGUAGAACAGGUGGGUGGAAUGCCACAAAGUUCUGAUUUUGGCAGUUGCUUACAUCUCAUUCUCCUGCCCUUCUUCACAUUAUCUUACUUUUUACCCAUAUGUUUUGCAUAUCUAAUCAUUGCAAGAAAAAAUAAAGUGCUGUAUUCUUUCAAUUGCUGGACAGAACUUUCAACUUGUGGGAAGGUGCUGAAAGUUGAUGGUUGUUCUGAUUGCAGUGAGGAUGUCGAUCCAGGUAGCUAUGGCAGCUGCAUUGAAGAUGAUGAAUAUUUCAGUGAAUGAAGACAUCAUGAUCCAAUCUGGAGCAUUCCACAGCUUCUAUCAACAGUAGUAACGGAACAUAUGAAAGUCAGUUGUUUAAUAAUGGGUGUAUUUUGUUUUAUGUGCUUUCAGUAUGAGUAGAAAUAAAAACUGAGAUGCUAAUAUGUGUGAUACGUCUUAGGCAAUUGAUUCCAACCACUCAUUGUUACUGAAAUACUAAAAACAAAUGCAUAAAAUGUAAAACUGUCAUGUUUUAAAAUAUUGCAAUGCUCAUUUAAUUGCUUUGUUAUGGCUCCAAGCCACGUGUGAACAUUAAUGUCCAGUGAUUGGUUAACACAUCCUUGCCCAGGCAUAUUUGGCUUAUGUUGAUUUUGUUACAACCAAGGAUUAAUGUUAAAGUUGUUUCUUUGUGUUUGUCUUUAUUUCCUAUGUUUUGUAACUGUAACCUGAGUGUUUGUCUUAACAGUAUGAAAAUGAAAUAACUGCAUCCAAAAAUGCAUGUUUGAGGUUGAGUUCAGUUUGUAGGUAGAUUUGUUUUGCCUAAGUCAUCUGUUGUAUGUGUAUAGAAGAUACUGUGUAAUGCAUAAUCCUUAUGACAGGAAACAGCACUUGUACAUUCAUACACCAGAAAGAGUUGAAUAAAAAUAUAAACGUACAAUAAGUUUAUUUUUGUUUAUAUACACUAAAUUUGUCACACAUUCAUGUCAAUUAAAUGUAAAGUAAAAAACAA